AUGAACAAUGGCGGACACUUGUCGACCUCCUGGACCUCCUCGGGGGCUCAGGCUGCUCCCUCCAACACUGUGCUCACGUGCGCUGUGCAUGCAGGUAUCGCGCCGCAGACGACGAGCGGCGACGGCGCCGACGGGAUGGCGGCGCUGACCGGCGGCAGCGAGAGCGAGCACAAGGAGGUGCGCGCCAGGCUGGCCGCGGCGUACGAGCGCCACAUUGCGCCGGCGGUGAAGCUGGACAUCUGCGCCCGGGAGACAACGGCGUUGCCGGCGGGCAGCGCCGGCGGGCACGCGUCGUCAGCGCGGCGGCGCGCGUCGUCGAAGUCGUCCUCGGAGACGUGGACGACGGGGUGGUGGACGCAGUUCCUGGUGCUGGUCCAGCGCGGGCUCAAGGAGCGCCGGCACGAGUCGUUCAACAAGCUGCGCGUGUUCCAGGUGCUGAGCGUGGCGACGCUGGCGGGGCUGCUGUGGUGGGCGCACCCCGGCGUCGCACCUGCAGGACCGGACAGCGCUCAUCUUCUUCUUCUCCGUCUUCUGGGGCUUCUUCCCGCUCUACAACGCCGUGUUCACGUUCCCGCUGGAGCGGCCCAUGCUGGUGAAGGAGCGGUCGUCAGGGAUGUACCGCCUCUCCUCCUACCUCGCCGCGCGCCGCCACGGACCUGCCCAUGGAGCUGGGCCUGCCCACGGCGUUCGUGCUCAUCCUCUACUGGAUGGGCGGGCUGGACCCGCGCCGGGACCGUUCCUCCUCUCCUCGCCGUCGUGCUCUACAGCGUGCUGGUGGCGCAGAGCCUCGGGCUCGCCAUCGGCGCCGUGCUCAUGGACGUCAAGCAGGGGACAACGCUCGCCCCGUCAUCACCAUGGUCUUCCUCAUCGCCGGUGGGUACUACGUGCAGCACAUCCCGCCGUUCGUCGCGUGGCUCAAGGUGGCUCAACUACAGCUUCUACUGCUACCGACUCCUGCUCGGGAUCCAGUUCCCCAACGGCGGCGGGUACUACGACUGCGACGGACACGGCAAGCUCUGCCCGUCGCCGAAUUCCCGGCCAUCAAGGCCGUCGGGCUCAACAACCACUGGGUCGACGUCUGCGUCAUGGCGCUGCUGCUCGUCGGAUACCGCGCCGUCGCGUACAUUGCGCUCGACCGCCUCAAGCCCAGGCACUGAAAGUGAGAGUUGCAGAGAAACAAACUGGUUCAUCAUCAGAGACUGCAGCGUAUCAAUGGGCAGAUAUGACCAGAGAUCUGCUUUAGUUUCCUCCAACCUCUCACCUUCAGUUGAUUGA